AUGGAGGAAGACAUGCAGCCCGCGGAGGAGGGGCCCAGCGUCCCCAAAAUCUACAAGCAGCGCAGCCCCUACAGCGUCCUCAAGACGUUCCCCGGCAAGAGACCGGCGCUGGCCAAGCGCUACGAGAGACCCACCCUGGUGGAGCUGCCGCACGUCCGGCCGCCCCCGCCGCCCUUCGCGACGCGCGCCGCCGUCUCCAUCAGCAGCAGCGAGCCGCCGCCGCCGCCGUUCCCGGCGCAGAGCACCUACCCCCCCGGGGCCCGGCCGGGGCGGGCCGCCGCCGCCCCCUCUUCGUCAUCGCCUUCCGCCGGCCUCCCCAGGGCCCACCUGCGGAACUCCCGCCGCCCCCCGCCGCAAUCCUCAUCCUUCGUCUUAUCCCCCCCCGUCCUUCCGGAGAGUCGCAUGAUCUUGGAUGCCUUUGCCCAGCAGUGCAGUCGAGUUCUUAGCCUGCUAAAUUGUGGAGGCAAACUUCUGGACUCCAACCAUUCUCAGUCCAUGAUUUCUUACGUCAAGCAGGAGGGCUCAAGUUACACUGAAAGACAGGACCCGUGUCACGUGGGGAAAGGGGUCCACAGUCAGACUUCGGACAAUGUAGACAUAGAGAUGCAAUAUAUGCAAAGGAAACAACAAACUUCUGCCUUUUUGAGAGUUUUCACUGACUCCCUACAAAAUUACCUGCUCUCGGGGAGCUUUCCAACUCCGAACACCUCAUCGGUCAGCGAGUACGGCCACCUGGCCGACGUGGACCCUCUGUCAACCUCCCCCGUGCAUACACUGGGAGGCUGGGCCUCCCCGGCAACGUCUGAGUCCCAUGGUCACCCGUCGUCUUCUACGCUGCCCGAAGAUGAAGAGGAGGAGGAGGAGGAAGGCUACUGUCCCAGAUGCCAAGAGCUGGAGCACGAGGUCAUUUCACUGCAACAAGAAAAUGAAGAGCUCAGAAGGAAACUAGAGAGCAUCCCAGUGCCCUGCCAGACUGUUCUAGAUUACUUGAAGACGGUGCUACAGCAUCACAACCAACUCAUGAUCCCACAGCCAGUUGAGCAGCCCUCCGAGGGAAGCAAGCAGCUGUUGAACAACUAUCCUGUCUACAUAACGAGCAAACAGUGGGACGAGGCUGUAAAUUCUUCAAAGAAAGAUGGGAGACGGCUCCUGCGAUACCUCAUCAGAUUUGUUUUCACAACCGAUGAGCUUAAGUACUCAUGCGGCCUUGGGAAAAGGAAAAGGUCAGUGCAGUCAGGAGAGACAGGUCCCGAAAGACGCCCUCUGGAUCCAGUUAAAGUAACAUGCCUCCGAGAAUUCAUUAGGAUGCACUGUACCUCCAACCCCGACUGGUGGAUGCCCUCGGAGGAGCAGAUAAACAAAGUGUUCAGCGAUGCUGUGGGUCAUGCCCGGCAGGGGCGCGCGGUGGGGACUUUCCUGCACAAUGGUGGCUCGUUUUAUGAAGGGAUCGAUCACCAGGCCUCCCAGGAUGAAGUCUUCAGUAAGAAUUCCCAGGAUGGGUCUGGGGAUUAG